UUGGCUUAUCAACCUGUUGUUUCAGAGAUAAGAGGGUCAUUCGUUCGAGUUCGUUUGUUGCAUUGCAUCAAUGGCUUCUUCAGUUUUAGCCAAUUUCCUAUCCAUUUUCACACCAUUAAAAGCUCCACCACAGCCUUCCAAAGCUCCACCGUCAAACAUCUCUCUCUCCACUGAAUCCUCUUCAAAGCACAAAGAUGCGUUUGCUCCAAUGGUUGCCUCUUCCAAUUCGUCGUCGUCGUCUUCUUGCUCCGGUGAUCUGAUGUCUGUGGUUUGUCCGUCUCUGGCAUACGCUAACACUUUGUACUUCAGAUCGGCGUAUAACGUUCAGGUAAUUGUGGAGGACAACGAGCCGGAGGAGAAGUUAUUGGGACGAUUCCGUAGAGAAGUUAUGAAGGCUGGCGUCAUCCAAGAAUGUAAGCGUCGUAGGUACUUCGAGAAUAAACAGGAAGAGAAGAAACGCAAGCAUCGCGAGGCCGCUAAGCGCAAUCGGCGCAGACGGACCCCUUUCAGAAACCCAAAUGACGAGAAGCUGGAAGGUGUGAGCAAGAAGAGGGAAGACGACGAUGAUAACUGGGAUAUGCCUAGUGACAGCCCUCUAAAUUGAGUCGCACCAUCCUUCCUUUUGCUCGAGAGAAUGCUAUGUGAAGAUCGUGUUAUGACGCUACGUUGUACUGUGUGCAUUUGUUGUUUAGAAACCAAAGUUUAUCGAUCAUAUUAUUUGAUUUAGGUGUAUCACUCCUAAUUACAAGAAAUUACAUAACACGAGCUAUUAUUUUUGCACAUUACAAGAAACCAAUUCGAAUUUGUUGCA